AUGGCGCCGGCGGAAGAGGCGGGGUACCGCGCAGCGAUGAUGGCGGCGUCGAGGCUGGAGCUGAACCUGGUGCGCCUGCUGUGCCGCUGCGAGGCUAUGGCAUCAGAGAAGAGGGACCCAGACGAGUGGCGUCUGGAGAAGUACGUGGGGGCCCUGGAGGUCAUGCUGCAAGCCCUGAAGGCCCAAGCUAGCAAACCGGCCUCUGAAGUGAUCAAUGAAUAUUCCCGCAAAGUGGAUUUUCUGAAGGGGAUGCUGCAGGCAGAGAAGCUAACCUCCUCCGCGGAGAAGGCACUAGCCAACCAGUUCCUGGCCCCUGGCCGGGUGCCGACAACAGCUAGAGAGCGAGUACCAGCCACGAAAACCGUGCAUCUGCAGUCACGGGCGCGAUACACCAGCGAGAUGCGGAGUGAGCUCUUAGGCACGGAUUCUGCUGGAGAGCCUGAGCUGGAUGUGAGGAAGAGAAUUGGGAUGGGAGGGUCCAGGCCAGCAGACGAGAAGCAGUCGGCAGCCGAGUUAGACUUCAUCCUGCAGCGACAUCAAGACCUCCAGGAAAAGCUGGCAGAGGAGAUGCUAGGCCUGGCCCGGAGCCUCAAGACCAACACGCUGGCUGCUCAGAGCGUCAUCAAGAAGGACAAUCAGACCCUGUCGCACUCCCUCAAGAUGGCUGACCAGAACCUAGAGAAGCUGAAGACAGAGUCAGAGCGGCUGGAGCAGCACACACAGAAGUCAGUCAACUGGCUGCUCUGGGCCAUGCUUAUCAUCGUCUGCUUCAUCUUCAUUAGCAUGAUCCUCUUCAUUCGUAUUAUGCCCAAACUCAAAUAAAGACCAACCCCAACUCA